AAAAGGAAAAAAAAAAUCCUAUUUUGAUCUAACGUUUGGAGGAGACGACUGGAAGAAACCAUAAGGCGCAUAGCUCCAUACUGAAGUGUUUAAGUUAGUCUGAGGGGAAAUUUAAAAGACCUAAAAAUACAGCGUCGGUUUCUCCCCUACAAAGAAUCAUUUGAACUUCCCACCGCAGAGAGAGAGAGCGACAUAAAUAGUUCUGACAUGUGGAUGUAAUUUCAGAAGAGGAAAAAAAGACAGAUGCAGAGAAAUAAAGCGAGCGGGUUGAGUCGGAGAAUAUCGUAGAUUAUAGGAAAUUAAAUCGAGGGCAGAGCAAGGCGAUUACAGAGUUAUGAUUUCACGAGCCACCAGAAGCACCGAGGGGCCAGAUGGAGUAAAAAGACACAUCUCGCUCCACUUUGAAGAGAGUUAAGUAGAUUAAAUAAUUGCAUCUGCGCUUUAUCGGCGUUUCUUUGAGCCCUGCAAGGACUCUUGGAGGUAGAGUUGCCUCGGGUCAGGGAUGGGAUCCUCUCUGCUGAUCCACAAUCUGGAAUUUCUUCUCUUCUCACUCCUCAGCGGUUUAUGUCUGGUCCAUGCAGCAGAUGAUGUGGUGACAAGAGAAGAGCAGAUAAGCCUGGUGUUUGAAGAGAAACAAAGUUGUGAGAGGAACAUCACGUUAAAUCCCAAGAUUCCUGCAGAUGGUUUCUGCUCACCAGAGUGGGAUGGCAUUGUUUGCUGGCCUAAAGGACUUCCUGGAAAUCUUGUAUCUAUCCCCUGUCCAAAGUAUAUCCAUGACUUCAACCAUGAAGGAAAAGCAUACCGUCGGUGUGACAACAAUGGAACGUGGCAGCAGGCCUCAGCCAACAAGACUUGGGCCAAUUAUAGCGAAUGUUCAAAAUUCUUCCCCCAUUACAACCAUAGCCAUGAUAAUGGGGUCUUUCACCGUUUGUAUAUCAUCUACACAGUUGGGUACUCCAUCUCUCUGGGAUCACUCAUGGUGGCCGUUGUCAUCUUGGGAUAUUUUCGGCGUCUGCACUGCACCAGAAACUACAUCCACAUGCAUCUGUUUGUAUCCUACAUGCUAAGAGCUAUCAGCAUUUUUGGGAAAGAUGUUGUUCUCUACUCUGAAUCUCCAUUAGAGAACAUUGAAAGAUUCACAGUGGAAGACCUCAAGUCCAUUACUGAACCUCCCCCAGCCAACAAAACACAGUUUAUUAGCUGUAAGGUGAUCGUGACCUUGUUCAUGUACUUCCUGGCGACCAAUUACUACUGGAUCCUUGUGGAGGGUCUUUACCUCCACAGCCUCAUCUUUAUGACCUUUUUCUCGGACAGAAAGUAUCUCUGGGGAUUUACCCUGAUUGGAUGGGGAGUGCCAGCUGUGUUUGUGACUAUCUGGGCAACCUUGAGAGCCACGUACGCUGACACAGAGUGUUGGGACAUAAGCGCAGGAGAUUUGAAAUGGAUAUAUCAAGUGCCUAUCAUGGUGGCUGUGGUGGUUAAUUUCGUAUUAUUUCUGAACAUCAUCAGAGUCUUGGCAACUAAACUACGAGAAACAAAUGCUGGAAGGUGUGACACCAGACAACAGUACAGAAAACUUUUGAAGUCCACGUUGGUGCUGAUGCCACUGUUUGGUGUCCAUUACAUCAUAUUCAUUUCCAUGCCAUAUACAGAGAUGUCUGAAAUUCCAUGGAUGAUCCAGAUGCACUAUGAUAUGCUUUUCAGCUCUUUCCAGGGACUUUUUGUCGCAAUUAUAUACUGCUUUUGCAACGGAGAGGUACAAGCUGAGAUCAAAAAGUCCUGGAGCAGGAGAACCCUGGCCCUGGACUUUAAAAGAAAAGCGCGGAGUGGCAGUAACACUUACAGCUAUGGACCUAUGGUAUCACACACAAGUGUUACCAAUGUCACUGCCAGGGGACCACUGGCCCUUCAUCUUACCACAAGGCUGGGACCAGUGCCUGUGAAUGGGCACAGGAACCUUCCUGGGUAUGUGAAGAAUGGCUCAGUCUCAGAGAACUCUAUACCUUCAUCGGGGCAAGAGCUCCACAUUCCCAAAGAGGAGCAACCUGCUCAUACACGGCUGAGGGAGGACGAGAAGCCCUCACCUGUGGUUGAAGAGGAGAGGGAGACAGUCAUGUGACAUCUAGGGAACUCUGUAUUAAGAUGAAACAUGGAAAGACGCAUCAUAAAACAUUCUCAGGAUGAUCUGAAGGGGAUGACUGCAAUCAUCAACACUGCCAGUUUUUCUCCUGUGAAUCGAGUCAGAACAUUGCCAACUAAUGGGGCUCAAGGCAUAAAGGGUGCAUCACCUGCCACAGAAAAUGUGUAAAAGGCUAAAACAGACUGUCGUUUCUUAAUUCUCCUCCACUGCCAUGACUGUUUUUUAUCUACAUUUGUGUGCUUCUGUGGCAAAUGUCUUGUGGUCAUCUUUUGUGCAUAAUUUAAGCAGGGGUUUGGUUUGGUAGGUGCAGCAGUUGCCAAGAACAGCCUUGAUCACCUGCUCUAAAACCAGGUGGGUCUUAAGUGCACAUGGCAACAGGAACGUGGGCAAGAUUUGCAUUAAGUGUGUUCCUGGCUUACUACUAUUUUGAAGACAUCUGUUCAUGUUUGGUGGCAUUGUAUCUCAUAUGUUCUGCAUUGAUUUAGAUCCACUUCAGUGUAAAAGGGAAGGUACUCAGGUAAUGGUAGUCCUCUGUUGUUGCACACCUUUUUUUUUUAUAUUUUUUUAAAUGAUGUUUCAGCAUACUCUGCAUUUCUUUUCAGAGGAUGCCGGUGCGUUAUGUAAGGCUGUGUUGAUUUUUAACAAUUUUUUUUUUUAAUGUUGUACAUUUUCCACAGUUUCAACCAAGUUUUCAUUCCUCUAAAUAUAAUAGAUUUUGAAUGGUAGAAAUGAAUGUAUUGGGUUCACAUUUUGAAACGUUUUAACGCAUAACCAAAGUAAGAAUGCCAAUAUAGGAAUAUUUCUUUAAAAGUUGUUCAGUUUUCAGCUCUUAUAGAAAAUCUAUUAUGUGUUGUCACAAGCAUUUUAAAAUAUGAAACCCUUUUAAAAAUCACUUGGUGCAGCAGGCAGCCUUUCACUCAAGUGGAAUAUUAAUUAAACCAAGAAUCCAAGAAAAUCUUAAUUCUCUGGAAGCAAAAGAGUGACAUUUGUGGUGGAUAUGAAGGUAAAACAGAAUCAUUUUAAAGAAAAUCCAAUGAUGUGCUGCUUUUAUUAUGUAUAUAUUCAAGUCACAAUGUUUACAAAGAUCAGAAAUACAUUCUAAUUGUGAGCUAAAGUGUUAAUAUUAUAAAGCUAUUGUAAUGUAUUUUUGCUCAUAUGUAUGUUUUUAGAAUGUUGGUCAUCUUUGAUCAUGUAUAUAGUCCAAACAGGAUUGGUGGACAUAUUUGCAGGUGACAGUGGGUAUUCAUACUAUUAUUUACUAAAGCAUUCCACAAGAUAUUUUUAACUCUAUCUUGAAAAUUACUGCACUCAACCUGCAUGGCUGGCAAUGUAGGUCACAUCAUCUCUUAUGCCAAAGAGAAAAGGUAUGCUAUGCCUUCAGAGAAUAAAGGUUAUACGGCAAAAUAAAUUUGUAUCAUCAUCCAGCACAUCGUUUACCAGAGCAAAUCUUCUUUAAGCUGGAAAUAAAGCAUUCCUAACUAUCUGCAGCUAUGAACCAGUGCCAUUCAUUUUAAAGGCUAUCUUAAGGUUAUAUUUAAUUACUUGCCUUGAAUUCUCAAUUUAACUUAAGAUCUAAAAUAAUUUACCACAAAUUAGAUUUUUUUUUGUUGUUGUUUGUUUUUCUGAUAUGCUCUUCACACUAAAUUAUGAUUCCAUUUCCCAGAUCUUCCGAAGAUUUUGCUAUUUUUUUAAGGUUUUAUCUGAACCUUCUGCAUUCAAUGCCCAAAUUAAAAUGAUGGAUGUAUCAUUAUACUUCUAUAUCAUACUGUCAAACGCAUGCCAGAAGAAUUAGACCACACUCAUAAACACUAUCAUACUUUUAACUCAGACUAUUAUACAAGCUGUCUUCAGACGGGUCCAUCUUGUACACGUUUUCUCCCUAAAAUACCUGCAGUUAAAAGACCAAAACAAACUUUAACUAAUGGGAUUUAUAGUUUGCUCCUUUGUGCAAAAGGAUUCCAUUGUUUUUUCUAAAAAAAUAUUGCAAACACAGGUAAGUCAGCUUUACAUUGGAUCACAUUUUAUGUUAUGAUUAUUUCUAUUUUUGUUUUCUGUCUUGCAAACACCACAUGAGUAAGAUCUAAUACUCUGAAAGACCACAUUUCUGAAAAUGUUCACUGUGCCCUGCUGUUUUUGCCAUUACGCAAGCUUUUCAUCAAAAAAUAUUUCUAACCCAUUUUUAGAGAUACACUUCUUCAGGGGGGAAAUUGAUCUGUGGCUGGAAAGACAAAGAUAGGGUGAGAGACAACUUUAAAGUGUUGGAGAACACACAAUCAUGUCAUUUAAACCCUUUGACUGAAUUAUAGAGAACAGUAACUUGUGAAGCAUCCACCUCUCAUUUGAACUUCUGUCUUUGACAGUCAGCUUUAACAAUUCCAUGGGAAUUCAUCACGGUUACAAGAGUGGGUUUAGUGGAUUGGCUAUAUCUAUAAUUACUGGUGGCUGCAGGCCACAGAGAUGGAAAAAUAAAAAGUUUGAGUCUGAGUGAUGAUUUUGUCACUAGAUGACAAAGUAUUCCCAUGCCACACAAAAUAUUUUCUUUGUAUUUAACUUUCAGCCUGUUUUUAUUGCGUUCCACGCAGUUUUGUGGAAAUUAAAUUUGGCUUCAUUUUUAAACCCAUAAAGGGUUUGUUUUUUGUUGUGUAAUAAGAUCAAAAAGUAUCAGAGCAUGAAAUAUUUUUAUCAGGAAACACUUGGAAAAUUUAUUUGAGCACUUUAAUAUGCCCAAACUACCAUAUUCUGCUCUGAUUGUAGCUUGUAAAAUGAUUAUGUUUUGAUUGAUUGGAAUUAAGUGUACAAAAUGGCCAUUAAUCAUAGAGCUGAUGUUGUAUUUCAUUGUUUUAAAUACCUCUCAUUGAAGUAUAAAGUGUGUUUUUUGUCAUUUAUUUAUCUUGUGCAGAAAUGUACUCAGUGGAGCCAACAUUAGUCUUCAUGCUUUGCAGUAUAUAGGCUACAGUGUGUGGGCAGUGUUUGCUUCAACACGUCUCAUCUUUUCUUUCAUUGUGAUGGAGGCAUGUUGUAAAUAUCAGUGUAAACUUUGCAAAAAAUGUUUGUUUUUUUCUGAUCUCUUAUGUUCAUUGGUGAAUUGUGAAUAAGACAAUAAAUCUAUAAUUCUACUGUA